ACGUCUCGAGCUGGAAGCUCCGCAGCUGCGGAGCCCCCCCGCCCUGCCCUCGGCACUCGUCUUCGUCUCGCGUCUCGACUCUUCGAGCUCCAUGCGUUAGCCAGCGAGCGACAAUCGCUCCCUGCAAAGCAUCAGUUGGAGAUCGUCGAAUGAUCCUGUAACUACAGAGAGAAGAGAAAGGAAGGGUGAGAGAAUCGUUGGGAUGGCGCAGGAUUCAGAGAAGAGGUUUCACUCGAUCAUGGACAAGCUGUUCCAGUCUCCUCCGACCCCGUCUUCCAGUUCGCCUGGUUUGCAAUUGUCGAGGGGAAGGAAGCGUCCGAAUCCGGCUUCUGCAUUAGCAUUGGUGGAUCCCAAAUCGGGAGUCAAUGCGGAAAACGAGGUUCAGAUUUCGCGGCCUCCGGCUGGAUCAUCCCAAGCUCCGGAAUGCAGACCGUGGGAUCGUGGUGACCUCAUGAGGAGAUUAUCCACGUUCAAGUCUAUGACAUGGUUCGCCAAACCUAAGGCUGUGUGUGCUGUAAAUUGUGCUAGAAGAGGCUGGGUCAACGUUGAUAUGGAUACUAUAGCAUGUGAAGCAUGUGGAGCACGAGUACUUUUUUCAACACCAUCAUCUUGGUCACGGGAGCAAGUUGAGAAGGCAGCUCUGGUAUUCAGCUUAAAGUUGGACAAUGGGCAUAACUUACUCUGCCCAUGGAUUGACAAUGCCUGUGAUGAAUCUCUGGCUCAGUUUCCUCCCACAUCACCUCCAGUUCUGGUUAAUCAAUUUAAGCAACGUUAUAGUUCUCUUGUACAAUUAUUGGCCCUUCCCAUCAUAUCGUCCACUGCUAUUAAAUCAAUGACAAGCCCUCAACUGGAAAAUUUUGUUCGAGAUUUUUCUAUGUUGAAGUGUGGUAAUGUGUCUCCUGGCUUGUCUUUGGCAAAAUGCACUGGAGAUGGAUGUGAUCAGGAGUCUGCUAUCCUGUAUUAUCAGGCAAUAAAACUCAUAAGUUUAUGUGGCUGGGAGCCUCGCUCAUUGCCAUACACGGUUGUUGGCAAGGACACCAAUAUUUCGGAUUCAUCAUGUAGAAUCUCCAAUAAAGAGAGCACACUUAUCUGUAUUGAUUCUGUAGGGAACAAUAAUACUGCAGGGGCAAUUGGAAACAAUAGGGAUUCAAAGGACUCAUUAUCCGAUCCCCACUCUGUGGUUCUGGAAUGCAAGCUAUGUGGUGCCACCGUAGGAUUGUGGGCUUUCUCCACAGUACCUCGACCUUUGGAGAUAUUAAGACUGGUUGGGUUUACAGAACUUGAUGAGGGGAUGAAUUCCAGUACCCAUGAGCCGUCAAACUUAAACUUGAGUAUUGCAGGGGGUCCACCUCCAACACAGCAGAACUUUAAAGCUACAAUUUCUUUUCCUGUAAUUGGCAGGAAUAUUAUUGCUCGGUUGUCUUCUGAUUCUGAUCUUAGAAGUCACCUAUAUUCUGUUCGAACUGAGAACCAGUUGCAUUUGGAGAGCACAACUUUGUGUGAGAAAAAUAAAGAAAGUGCAGAAGAAACUGAUAGGUGUACAAGUAAUAAGCAGCCUCCUUUGAAUCCUGAAAUUACUGUAACAGGUGGAAUUGAUGCCCAAGGAACGUCGGAAUCAGUUACUUUGUGCGGUCAAGAAGUUCCAUUGGUUGCCCAUGCUGAGGACCAUGGAGAAGAACAGACAUGCUCGAAAGUGCAAACUCACUUUUCCACCGAAUCUAGUUGCCAGGAAGGGCAUGGAGAUGAUAAUGAAAACAGAGUUCAUGCAAAGAAAGGAGUAGUAGCCUCCACUGAAGAAAAGAUUAACAAGCACCAAUCACUGGAUGAAGGCAUGCAGUUUGAUCCGCUCAGACAGCAUAGACAUUUUUGUCCAUGGAUUUCAACAACUGGUGGUGCUAUGCCGGGAUGGCAACACACUCUAUCCGCCUUACACCGUGAAAUGGAUGGUUCUGAUUCUGUAACUACAAGAUCUCCUUCAUCGGAUUCCUUUAUUAAGGUGGAUGACCCAGUCACCUCAGUGAGGAGGCUUUUCACAUCAAAACGAAUGAAGUCUACUCAUGGUUCAAGCUAAAGUCCUGAGCAUUGGCAGAUCAAAUGGUGAGGACGGAGUGCUGUCAAUCCAUGGGUUAAUUUCGCAAAGCAUCAGCAGGUCACUCCAGAAAGAUUCUUCUCAUUUCUUAUGCAUGCACAAAAUUGGAGGUGCUGCUCUUGGCAAACAUAGAUGAAACGCUGGCUGAAUGUCCUUUCUUGGUCUAGCCCAAAGUCAAAUUGAGUGCUCGUCUUUACCUUAACCUAUUUUUUGUGCUUUCAAAUUUUUCGGCUAUUUAAAUAGCAAAGAAAGUGUUCUUAUACA